AUGUUUUAUAGCAGACCGACAGUAGUAAUGGACGUCUUGUAUGGGUAUGGGAUAAGCAGUACGUUAUACCUGCAGACCCAUUAUGGGCAUGCCCAAGGCUGGUUUAUGUUUGUUACUGUGGCAGACAUGCGUACAACCUUUUUAUUCUUUUUUCCCAUCUGGUUCCACCUACAAUCAGCAGUGGGAGUGAAGCUGGUCUGGGCUGCUGUUGUAGGAGACUGGCUCAACUUAGUCCUCAAGUGGUUAAUGUUUAGCAAGCGUCCUUAUUGGUGGGUUAAAGAAACUGUUUAUUAUGGCAACUUGACUCUACCACAAAUUAAACGGUUCCCCAUGACCUGCAAGACUGGCACUGGAAGUCCCUCGGGUCAUGCGAUGGGAGCUGCAGGGGUUUACUACGCCAUGAUCACAUCACUGCUGCCGAUUUUGCAGGGAUGCGACCCCCUAAAAAGAUGGUAA